AUGGACGACGGGCUCGUGCUGAAUCUCGCUGUCGACGAACAGACACCUGCUGGAAAGCCCGCACCGAGAGGGAAGAAGGGAGGAAGAUGGACUGACCGGGCGACAGCAAAACGGGCCGCAAAAAGAAAAGUCAGACCGGAAGGAGAGUCGAUAGCUCAGAACGUCAAUUCUGAGACAAGAGAGCGACCUGCAAAGCGGCCCCGUACUUCUGCUCACGUCAAUGGAGCACCAAUGACUGUGUCUGCGAAGCAGCCACGGCUCGCACAUUCGGACGAAUAUCAAGACGAAGACGAGCGCACCACAGCCAGAGCUGCUCCUCGAACACAAUCACAGAUUAUAUCCUCCCUCUUCACGUCGAACCCGAAGGUGGCGCCAUCAGAGACACAAAAUCAUACGAGGCCCGUUGGUCGCCCGAGCAAUGCCCCCCUCGCAGAUUCCUCGACAUUCGCCGGGCUUGGACUUGAUCCACUUAUUGUCACCCAUCUUCAGUCCAAGAUGGACAUUGCGAAGCCCACUUCUAUUCAGAGAGCAGCCCUUCCCGCAAUCUUGAGCGAGACUAUGGACGAUGGUACACCGAGAGACGUCUUCAUCCAAUCCCAGACCGGCUCCGGCAAGACACUCUCCUUCCUCCUUCCCAUUAUCCAGGACCUACUUCCCCUCAGCUCCCUUUCUUACAUUGACCGCUCCAUUGGAACCCUCGCCAUCAUCAUUGCCCCAACGCGUGAACUUGCGAAGCAGAUCUCGGACGUCCUGGAGGUUCUUCUCAAGCUCCGCCUUAGGCCCUCAGACGACUCGCCUGACGCACCUGACGGCUUCGACUCAGCACCACGCCUCACGCGCUGGCUCGUGUCCGGCCUAUUGUCCGGUGGCUCGACGCGCACUCACGAGAAGGCGCGUCUACGUAAAGGGGUGCCCAUUCUUGUCUCCACGCCGGGUCGCCUCCUCGAUCAUCUACAGAACACCUCUUCUUUCAACGUCGGCAAGUGCCGCUGGCUCAUCCUCGACGAGGCAGAUCGGUUGAUGGAACUUGGAUUCGAGGAGACCAUCCAAGGCAUCCUGAGAGGCUUAGAGGGGCGUCGGAGACUUGCCGUUCAAGCUGUUCAAGAGGGGAAGAGCUCAGAAGUGGGAGGCUGGGACUGGGAGCGGCAAACGCGGACGAUUUUGUGUUCUGCGACAAUUCGCGAGGACGUGCAGAAGCUGGCUGGCACGACCCUGAAGAACCCCAUCAUCAUCAAGGCCACCGAAGCCGAUACAAAUGUGUUCGGCUCUCGCGAUGCCCGGCAAGAUACCGACCUCCUUUCCGUCGCUGGGAAACCCCAGCAAUUCACUCCGCCGUCACAGCUGUCUCAGAAGUACGUCGUGGUUCCUCUCAAACUGCGCCUGGUCACGCUCGUCGCGUUGCUGCGAUCUCUGCUUUCGUCUCAGAGCAAGCGUGGGACGAAGAUCAUAGUGUUUCUGAGUUCCACGGACUCCGUUGACUUCCACUGGCAUCUCCUCGGCGGCACAUCCAUGGGCAGUGACGGCCAGGCAGACGGUUCUGCGACUUCCGACGAAGGGGAAUCCGACGGCGAUGCCGACGACGCAAACCGGCCACGGAAAACUGGGGCUAACUCCGCUACGGAGGGUUUGGAAACUAGAUCACCCCUCCUCCCGGAUACUUCUGUCUUCCGCCUGCACGGUUCUCUUCCACUACAAACCCGACUGGCCUCGUUGCGUGGAUUUUCCUCUGCUUCCUCUUCGAAGCAGACGAAAGCGAAUUCACCGACGUCCUCGAUUUUGCUGUGUACGUCAGUCGCCUCCCGCGGUCUUGAUCUCCCUCUUGUCCGCGCCGUAGUCCAGUACGAUCUGCCCACAGAGGGCGGUGCGACCGAGUACGUGCAUCGAGUUGGACGGACAGCCCGUGUUGGCAAGGGCGGCGAAGCUUGGAGCAUCGUCUCACCUAAUGAGGUCGAAUGGGUCAAGUGGGUCCAGGACAAAAUGCGGGGUGACACAGAACACACUGCAGGGGAAGAGAAGAAGUCCGUCUCGUUGCAGGGCGUUCAGGCGGAAGCCAUUCUGCGAGACGGUUUCGGUGGUAAGGGUAUUGAAUACGAAGAGAGAGCCACGGAUGUUCAGCUCUCUUUUGAACGAUGGGUACUCAAGGACAAACACAACGCCGAACUCGCGCGGAAAGCCUUCCGCUCGCAUGUACGUGCGUAUGCCACACAUCCUUCGAGCGAGAAGCACAUUUUCCACAUCCGUCAUCUACACCUGGGGCACUUGGCUAAGGCUUUCGCGCUGCGCGACGCUCCGACUGCCGUUGCAGCUGGGUUCAAAGCUAAUCCCAAACCGAAGGCAGGGAAACAACGACGCAAACCCUCUGUCGCCUCGAAACAGAGAAUGCCAGACGGGGAUGACGGUGUCGACGUCGCGGAAACAGAGCGACGCAUGGAAAAGGUGGUUCGCGAACAGGGUCGUCUCACAAAGAAGGGCGGAAAGAUGGUCAGCUCUGGUGCGGCCGAGUUCCAGAUCGCUGGUGGCUACGACCUCGAAAAGCUGGCACAGGGGAUGCGGACAUGA